AUGGGGAGCGUGCAGCUGCAGGACUUCGUGGCGGGCUUGGUGGGCGGAAUUGCCAAUGUGGUUGCGGGCCAUCCCCUGGACACCAUCAAGACUCGUUUGCAAGCUGGACAAGGAUAUGGAAAUACACUCAAUUGUGUUCUCACUGUGUACAGAAAUGAGUCUCUGGCCGGCUUCUUCAAGGGCAUGUCCUUCCCACUGGUCAGCAUUGGCAUCUACAGCUCCGUGGUGUUUGGAGUCUUCAGCAACACGCAGCGGUUCCUCAGCCAGCUCCGCCACGGGGACCCGGCCGCUGCGCCCUCGCUCACCGACAUGACUCUGGCCAGCGUCGUGGCUGGAGUCAUCUCCGUGGGCAUCGGCACCCCCGUGGAACUGGUCAAGAUAAGGCUACAGAUGCAAACACAGCCCUACACCAAAGCAAACGUUAAACUAAAUUCCACAGCUCCUGGAUCUCCUGUGUACCGAGGCCCAAUUCACUGCUUAAGGACAAUCCUACAGAAAGAGGGGAUACCAGGAGUAUACAGAGGCAACAUAGCAAUGCUCCUGAGGGAUGUUCCUGGGUACUGCGCCUAUUUCGUCCCGUACGCAAUGUUCUGUGACUGGAUAACUCCUCAUGGAAGCAUUUCCCCUAAUCUCUUCUCUAUCUGGCUGGCAGGGGGUGUAGCAGGAGCUGUUUCCUGGGCAGUAUCUACUCCAAUGGAUGUUGUGAAAAGUCGACUUCAGGCAGAUGGAGUUUAUUUAAACCAGUACAAAGGGACCCUUGACUGCAUGUUGCAGAGCUACCAGAAUGAGGGCUUAAAAGUCUUUUGUAGGGGCCUCCUGGUCAACACAGUGAGAGGAUUCCCAUCAAGUGCAGCCAUGUUUCUUGGCUAUGAGCUUUCCCUCAAAGCAAUGAAAAGAUGCCAAACUGAGACCAAUCCCUGACUUCCAGUGUUGCCAAGAAGACCAGAAAGUCUCCUACCUCCUGAGCCAGACCAGCAGUGUGGUGUUGGUGAGGGCUCAGCUGCUCCGACUGAAGACUCCCAAUCCUGCACUUUCAGCAACUGCAAUGGACACGUGGUCCAUGGAGGACUCCGAAAAUCGCUCCAGCUCAAUCAAACCCAAAGACUA